UAUAAUAAUUAAACCAUUAUGGAAAAUCAACUAAAAUUAUCACUUAAAGUUCAGUUCGGAGACAAGGUAAAACGUCUCUGUGAGAAGGUAUAUGCUGACUUGGACGAACUUAAGGAUUUUAUUCAAUCAAGCUUUAAGACGCUUGCUCCUCAAACCUAUGUACUCAAGUACAAGGAUAAUGAAGGUGACUGGCUCUAUAUCUUUGAUAAUUCUGAUCUUCAAGCCCUGAAGGAAUACUUCUAUGAGAAGAACGGAAAAGUUAUUAAAUUGGUAGUCGAGACUCAAGAGGAGCUUGCUACAUCCGGUAUUAAACCAAUUAAGCUUAGCGAGAGUGUCUUACAGAAGUCUACUGUCAAAGACUCCUGUGUUGCUGAAGUUGAAGCUUUCCUUCAAGCUGAAAAGGGCAAGAAGGAAGAAGAGAAGGAUUCCAUUGAGCAACUCAAGGAGACUAUCAGUGUCGAUGAAGAGGAGCCUGAGCCUGAAGUUGAGACGGAAGAACGUCUUGUUGACUUUGAUAUUAUUGACGAGAAACAAGAACCUUCUCAAGACUCAAAAAUGGUCGACGAGCUCCAAGAGAUCCUGGAAAUUGCUAGUCAGAAGCCAUCUGAGACUAAAGCUUCAGAAGAGCAAGAGAUGAACAUCGAGCCUGUCAUCAUUGAAGAGACUUCUGCUUUUGAAGAAGAGAAGCUACUCCCAGUACCUACUGAGCCAGAAGAGGAAGUCAUUGAAACCUCUAUUAAAAAUUCUGAGGAACAAGUACCUGAAGAAGCUCCUCAAGAAGAGAAGAAGGAAAAGAAAGACUUCAAUAUCUUCGACUUGUUCAAUAACAUCAAUGACGUAAUGAACAAAGACGAUGAAGACUUCAAGCCCAAGGAUCUUGUUAAGACUAUCAAGGACUCUGUUAAAGGUACUAAGGCUGAAGACAAGAUUAAGAAAGUCUCUAAAAAAUUUAAGAAAGGAAAAGGCUUCUUCAUGAAGAGAAUCUUUAAGAACAUCUUCUCCGGACUGACUUGUGACAAUGAGGAGAGAAAAUCGACCGUAAUCCAUCCAGGCAUCACUUGCGAUGGAUGCAACAAAUCUCCAGUUGUUGGAGUAAGAUACAAAUGUUCUGAGUGUCCAGACUAUGAUCUUUGAGAAGAUUGUGAAAAGAAUGAUGUUCAUAGCCAUCAUGUCUUCUUGAAGGUGAAGAACCCAAUGAAGGUUGACAUCAUCUAUUCUCAUAGAACUAAUGAUGAUAGUGAAGCUUUCAACUCUACUCAUCCUCCUCAACCAAUUCAUCAAGCUCCCCAGACUGCUAGAAAUCCUCACUGUGGACAACCAUUCGGAGGACAAUGGGGAAACAACCAAGGUUGGGGAAACACAUGGGGUGGCCAUGGCGGAAGAGGACAAAGAAGAUGCCCAAGAAACAUGAACAACAACCCCUUGAUGGCUCUAGCUCAACAGUUCUUUGGUGGCUUUGAUAAUAGUGAAGAGUCUGGAUCUCCUCAAAGACAACCAAGAAGAGGUGGAACAAACUGGGCUCAGAAGAGACCAGUUAUUGUUAGCAAGCCUGAAGGACCAAUCUCUGGAUGUGUUGGAGGUCUGGCUAUUGUUGAGACCACUGUUCAAAACCAGUCUCCCUUCCCAUAUAACCUCAAGGAUGUCAAGAUGAUUGAAGGUGAUGAAGGAAUCCAGUUCCAAGAGAUCAACACAGAAGUCAAGCUAAAGAAGAAUGAAAGCCAAGACUUCUGCCUUGCUGUCAAUCUCCCAAAGACUCCUGGAACUUACAAGGCUAGAUUUGGAUUCUUCAACAAGAAUAACCAACAACAUGGAGAAGUUUUAGAUGUUGUCUUCGAGGUUUUGCCUGAAGUCACUGAAUAAAUUCUCUGAUAAUUCUCUCAAAAAUAGUAAAAGAAAGUUUCAAC